CAUUUUGGAAAAGAAACAUGGGGUUCGUACUGUCGGUUUGACAGUCUGAGAUUCAAGUAUUUUACACGCGAUGGGUGACUUGACAAAGCUUCAUUCAUUGAUUUAGACAAUAUUUUUGAACAUGGCAAGAUUCCUGUACUCUACGGUUUUAAUUGUUUCUGUUUUCCCCUUACAUACGACGAGCAACUACGGGCCAAGCGACGAUCAGUGUUUUUGCCAGGUAUGACCAUGCGAAUAUAAACUUUGACCUGUUUUUUAACCGCAAAAGCAUGUUGUGAUAUAAACAAAUAUGUUCGUAUAAUUGGUCAACGUGUUGUUUUAGUUCAAACGUUAUGGUUUAUGGAGAGAAAUUGCUAAAUAUUUAGCGUGAAAUUUAAUAUGUUCCGUGUGAUUGUUCCCGUUUUAAAUUAAUAAACAGCUGUUUUAUCAGACGUGUUACUUAUCACAUAAUAUGUAAAAUGUCAUGACAUUUUUGCUCGUAUCCUUAGCAACCGAUGUUUUAAGUGGCCUCUUUCUUUAGCGUGUUAAUAAAAAUUAUUUUAUAAUUUUAUUCGUAUAUUUUCAUAACUGUAUUUUUCCGGAUAUUAAUGGCAUUCUUAAUAAUAUUUAACUCUGGAUAAAAAUAUCUAAAAGAUACUGUAUGAUGAUGUAUGUAAGUUCACAAUAGAGCAUUGAAAUAUUUUCUAAAACAAAAACCUGUAAAAUUUUCAACCAAGAAGCCUAUUUGGUUGGUUAAUGUAAGCUUUGGUUAUCUGAUAAGCUUUAUUUAUCUAUGUUGGCCUGACAGGUUUAUAAUUCAUUCUAAUUAGAUAUAAUCAUAGUAUUAGCCAAUCAGAUCUCCACACAUGUCCACAUGUUUGCCAUCUGAAACUGUUAGUAGGCAACUCAAAUGAUGUUAGCCAGACAUAAUCCCGACAUAAUUGCUUUAACUUUAUACAGUGUAUAAAAAGACAUUAUGUACAGUAAAAGUAUAUAAAUUAACAGAGCCUGAAAUAAUUUUCAAAAUUUGUCCGGAAAAAUGUCCAAGGGUGGGUUGACUACAAAAUUUUUGUGGUUCGCUAUAACUACAGCUACUUCAAAAAUAUGUAGUCAGCUACAACUACUGCUACUUUUGAACAAAGGUAGUUCGCUACUGACUACAGCUACUGCUUAAAAAAUGUAGCGAACUAUUUCGCUAUUUUGCUACUCUAUAUUUUUUAGUUUUACGGUAUUUGGAGCAUCCACUAGCUCAGGCCGUAAUAUAACCUAUAACAAAUCGACUUACAAGUAGCAACAGUAAACAAAAAGGGUCAAAGCAACAUUUUUGUAAGCCCUACAGUGUUCAGGAGUGCCACUUUUCAUUGCGCUAAAAUAAUCUUUACUGUAUAAAAUAAUCUUUUAAGCAAACCGUGUCUUAAUAUCAUUCUAUUCUAUGAACGGUUGCUAACAAUUUUAAAAAGUAGCAAAUAGCGAUUCGCUGUUUGAAAAGUAGUCCACUAUUUGGCUACUUUUAGGUGAAAUGUAGUUCACUAUUUAUUUUUUAUUUUAAAAAUUUUCCCCAUGUACAUAGAGAAUAAUACAUGGGUGCUUGGAAAUACCAGAUUUAUUUUGAGUGUUGAACAUGAUACCUCACGAGUGAGCGCAGCGAACGGGUGAGAUAUCAUGUUCAAUACGAGAAAUUAAUCUGGUAUUUCCAAGCACCCAUGUAUUUUUCUGUUUAUUAUAUAAACAAAAUUCGGCGAAAAACAAUAAAAUAUCCGUGGCAAUGCGUUUUUACAAUAAAUGAUAUUUGCACACGUAAAAAUAUCGUAUUUUUUACGCGUGUUUAAAUACGAUUUUUCUCAGUGGCCAAAAUCUUGCUUAUAUAUAACACUUAUGUUUAUAUAAUAAAAUAAAUUUAUGUGUAGUAUAUUUACAAUGAUUGUAGAGUGCGGGCUAGAGACCUAGUAGAAAUCUUAGUAGACUUUUUAUUUAGGUCUCUAGUUAUGCUAGUUUUGUAUUGUGUGAUGUAAUAAAUUAUUUACAGUCAAUCACAAUAUUAAAGGAAUAUAUAUAUAUUUACAAGAGAGAAAAAGAAGAGAAAUUGUUCUUAUUGUAGUCAAAAACUACUGGCUACUUGAAAAUUGUAGUUCGCUACAGUAGCGAACUACUACUACUUCGCUACUACACACCCUUGAAAAUGUCCAACCAAAAAAUGAAAUUUUAUCAGAAAUUUGGUCGAUCAUUUUUUCGAUUCCAUGUCUUUGUUGGGUAAAUUAUUAGCUAAUAUACCUGUAUAAAUAAUACUUUAUGCCAAACAUUAACCAGUAUAGUUGAAUCUUUUACAUUUAAUGUUCUUUGCGGGAUGAUUAUGGUUAACCCAGUCUUUGAAGUCAAGGUUGAUUGGAUUGCCAUUUUUUGUCCAGACAAAAUACCCAGCCAAUUAAGCAUUUGAUCAGAAAAACCGUGAUGUGGUUGGAUGUCCAACCGUUAUUUCAGGUUCUGUGUUAACCCAUUGAACGCCACCACUUUCCCCUCAACAGACACGUAAAAUCAUGCUCAAUGUGACACGAAAGACUUGCUCAGGUGAUUUGAAAAUAUACAUCUGGUUGUAUUUUCAGCUCUCUGGUAAAGUUGAAGAUUGUUGUUGUGAUGUUGAAGCUGUACAUAAUUUAAAUAAAGAAGUCUAUCCAAAAAUUUUAGAAAUAGUAAAACAAAAUUAUUUUAAAUUUUUCAAGGUAAAUAUGUCAAUUUUUUUGUGUCACAAACUAUUUCAAUAUGUUUCCAUGUUUAUUUAGAAAUAUAUUUUGUGAUAUAUAUUAUGUUUCUGUACUAGGUCAACCUGGGACGAUCAUGUCCAUUUUGGCCUGAUGAUGGCACAUGUAGUUUAAAAGAUUGUUCAGUGCAGACGUGUAAAGAGGUAAGUGGUGUUGACCGUUGCAAUUAUGUGCUGAUCAAAACGAAGGUGUAACAUCCCCCGGGCAUCUGACCAAAUCUCCCAUCCCAAGUCCAUACAUUCCACAACUAAGUGGUCAGUCAAAUGUCCCAUUGUAAAUUUAAUUUGAAGGUUAAAAUUCUUCAACUUUCAACUUCCCCAGUGCAUUCUGGUCCAACCAAUCUUGAACAUAAUUCACAUUUUGACUUUGAAAAUCGUUUGAUAAAAAUUUCGCUGUUCUCUUGAAAACACAAUAAGCAAAAAAUGUGCUUUUGAUUGACAUGUUAAUGCCGGUGGUUUCUUAUGUCAGAGGGAAACAAGUCUAUCUACAAUAGUCUUGAAGUUCAUGUUAGGUAAACUAAAUGUUUUUCAGCUGUGGUCAAAUCCCUGUCCUCAUUAUAAGUGGAAUCAAUUGCCCCACCAUUUCAAAUUUUCUCGACAAUGCCCACCCCUAGGAAAAAUCACAAAUGGCAAAUGCCCAGGGCUCUCGUGCCUGGGGGAUGUUACACCUUUGUUUUGAUUGUAGCAUUAUUUAUCCUUUAGAGAGAUCACUGUCCAGAUCAGUAAUGGUUGUUUCUUGCAUUUAGGAUGAGGUCCCAGAAGGAGUGAAAGGCUAUCAUGAUCCGAAAAAGGUACCAUAAGUCCAGUAAUUUGCAAGGCUCUCCCCUUGACAAAUAAAACUUCUGGUAUUAGACAGAGUAAAAUGAUAAAGAAGGGUGCAGUUGGGCACAUUGCAGCUCAACGGGUUAAAAAAUGUUAAAUUAGUCAAGCAAUUAAUUGUUCUCCAAAUGAUAUAUUAACUGUAACCACAAUUACAGUAGCUAUCUAAAUUACUGUACACUGUAGUUAAAUAAAUUAUAAUGCUAAUUAUUUAAGUAAUUUUUAUUAAUGUAAUUUUUCUGACAAUUUUAAAGAGUUAUAACCAUAAACCUUUAAAAGUCCAGAAGGAAAAUAGUAAACGUCAAACAGUAAAGGUAAAUUAUAAUUAUAACAGUUAUUAAAAUGAACUGCUUAACUCAUUCUCCCUUAGUUGAUGAUUAAAACUGUCUGGCAUUAGACAGAGUAAAAUAAUAAAGUAGGGUGCGUCAGGAUGCAUUGCUACUUAUAGGGUUACACUUGUGAAUUAACUGAUGUGACUAAAUGAGGAACUAAAUAAUUUAAACAUUUCAUAUGCAAAAUGUUAAGCCAAAUAGCUGGGCUUACGGGACGUUCCUAAAUGAAUGCACAGUAUGGUAGGCAAACCUUAAGUGAAGCUUGUGUUCUUAUAAUAUCCUCCUAAUUGUAUUUUGUCUAAACUUAACAAUACUAUAGAUUGCAAGGUGAAAGAAUAAGCAAUGCAUGCUAAAAAAUUGAGUUCACCAUGAAUGUCUGAAAAGGGAAACUUGUGAUAAUUUUUGCACAGUUUUCAGAUGAAAACCAGGACAAUUUUAUUUCUACCGGGACAGAGUGGUCUAAACCAGUGAAACCGGGAAAGUUGGAAUGUUUAGCAUGAUUGUACUGACUAUGGUGUAAAUUUUAAUUAACCUGUAACAUAGUAUUAUCAAGUGAUCUCCCUCACAGCCGAUGUAGUUGUAUUUAUUUUCUGCUUUUACUUUGGCAGGAACAACCAAAGAAAUGCAAGGGAGAUAAUUCUACACUUGGAGAUGUAAAUAUUCAUUUGAGGUAAGUGAAACCUGAGAAUUGUUAAAAUUUGUUAAAAAUGUUGGUGUUGAUGAAACAUUUAUUGAUUAAAAUGAUUGUUUAUUUUAGCGAGGAAGAUAAACAAGCAUUUGAAACAUGGCAACAAUAUGAUGAUGCAGAGAAUAGUUUUUGUCAACCUGAAGGUGGGUACUGCAGGGUACAAUCUGCGUGAGUACCGGUACUGCAGGUAGGAGGGUGGGUAUUGCAGGGUACAAGAGUAAGUACUGCAGGGUAAGAGGGUGGGUACUGCAGGGUAUGAGAGUAGGUACUGCCCAUUACUGUAGUAAUGGAUGACUCUUGCUGACCCUCUGGGGAGAGAAGUUUACUCUUUAGAACUGAUAGAACUAUCCAGUACCAUGGUUUUGUUUGUGGAACACCACAUAAAUUUAUUACUGCAAAGCUUUCGAUCCGUAAGCCCGGAUCUUCAUCAGUGCUAAUAAUAUGAUUUUAGAUAACAUAUUAUUAGCACUGAUGAAGAUCUGGGCUUACGGAUCGAAAGCUUUGCAGUAAUAAAUUUACGUGGUGUUUCCACAAACAAAACCAUUAUAUUUUAUCACCAUGCAAACAUACAAAGAACUUAUCCAGUACCAGUACUAUAUCUAUUAGUUUAGUUUAGUUAAUUAAACAUGAUUCUUUCUUGUUUUGUAUACUAGAUGAGUUAUCUGCAGACUUAAAGUAUGUCAAUUUAUUGCUGAAUCCAGAACGGUUUACAAACUACAAAGGAGAUUCAGCAAACAGAGUUUGGUACAGCAUUUAUCAAGAAAAUUGUUUCAAGUAAGAUUUAGAUUAAAUAUACCAAUAUAAGUAAUUAAUCCAUUGAGUGGCAUGAUUGCUCUCCCCUUGAUGAGUAAAAUUGUCUGGCAUUAGACAGAGCAAAAUAUCAGUGAGCAUUGCCACUUGAUUACUACCGGUACUACUAAGGGUAUACUAACUGAUUUGUAUGAGUUGCCACGUAUUCAGAAUGUGCCAUAAACAAUCUUAUUACUUAUCAAAACUACUUUAUUUUACUCAUUUUUACAUAUUUACUAAUUUUUUAGACUCCCAAAUCCAUACACCGAAAAAUAUGAGGCAUCCUCCGCGUUGAAUCGUAAGCUCUGUUUAUUACAGUAAUUUAAUUAUUAUGAAAACACUUAUCACUUAUUUACUAAGACAGAGGGAAACAGUCAGUGUGUUUUGUGGACCCGAGAGACCGCUGUUGUUGCCCAAGACUAAUUUUGUUAUAUAGUAUGUAAGUGUCAAAGUAUGAAUAAUUCACUGGUUAUUGGAGUGAACUGAUUUGAAACCAAAACUGGAUAAAUGGAAUGCUGUAAAUGUUUAAUUAAUUAAUUAAUUCAUAAAAAGUUUAAAAAAUGAACUUUGGAACUUCAUGGUUGAAGCGCAUGCGCAUUGCACUCAUUCUAUUGUUUUCCGGUCAAUGAAUGUUUCGUUGUUGACCGGUUGCCUUCUCACCAAAGCAUGCAGUGAACAUGACGUUUUGUGGACCACAGUUGACCGGCAACAUGAUAUGAUUUUGACCAAUAGGCAAACAGAAAAAUUUAACUUUGACACUAUAUAACAAAUUGAAUUGUUGUCUUUCUAAUAGUUUUUUUCCCUCUUGCUUAGAACUGUGUUUAGAGAAAAGAGUUUUUUAUCGUGUAAUUUCUGGAAUGCAUGCAAGCAUCAACACCCAUCUCUCAGCGCAGUAUUUGUUUAAAGGUACGUACAAUGUUUGCAGAAUUUAACUAACCCAAUGAGUGGCAGCACGAUGAGUAAAAUCCCCUAGCAUUAGACAGAGUAAAUAAAGUGGAGCUCAUCAGGGUGCAUUGCCACUUAAAGGGUUAAUUAAUUUGCUACUGUAAAAAUUGUAAAAAAAUCAAAUCCUAAAUCUGUGUGCUUACGACGAUUUGAAUAUUUUCCAAAGGUAAUGGAUUUAUGAAACCCGAAUGGCGUCCUAAUGUGGAAGAGUUUAAAAAGAGAUUUGAUCCUGAAAAAACGAAAGGACAAGGUGUGUUAUUCUCUAUGCCAGCCAGCCAGCCAGCCAGCCAGCCAGCCAACCAGUUCUGUUUGUAUUGUUCUCUAGAUUAUUUAUAUACAAAAUGUUUAACUUUUAAUUUACCUUCCUAACUUGCUUUCAACUAAUUUGGUGUUGUCACUAUGUGGUCCCUUUGCAUUUGACCAAAAUCUUUUAAAACAUGUUUUUAUCGGUUAAACAUAAGUUUGGACUAGUUGGGGCACUUUUUGGAUUUUAUAAAUAAUUUCCUGUUGUCCCCCCUUUGCUAAGCCUAGAGUUCUGUGGUCCCCUUUGCAUUUGACCAAAAUUUUUUAAAACGUGUUUUCAUCGAUCGAAAGUAAUUCUUUUGAUGAGAGGAAAGGUUUUCCACAAUUUUCUGAACGUUUGAACUUGUUUUUUUUUGGGAGGGGGGGCACUUUUUGAAUUUUAAAAAAUUUCCUGUUGUCCCCCCUUUGCUAAGCCUAGGGUUGCUGUGCUCAAGUAUCAAAUAUGCCUAAUUGUUGGUACAAUAUUUUCAUGCCAUAACAAUGUAUAUCAUUGUAUCACCUUUAGGGCCCAGUUGGUUGAAGAAUAUUUAUUUCCUGUAUCUUCUUGUGUGGAGAGCUGUGAUCAAAGCUGGGCCAUACUGGAAGCAAGAGGGAUUUUUUACUGGACAUAAGUCAGAAGAUGGCCUCGUUAAGAAACAUAUUGGUGAUCUAUUAUUACAAUCAAGGUAUGCUUGAGUGUUUGGUCAGGGAAAUAUGAGUGUAGCCCGAGGAUAAAAGUGCAGGCACAUAUGUUUUUCUUUUUUUUGUGGGGCUUCGGUGGCCAAGUGGUUAGCGCACUUGCCUUUCACCUCUGAGGCCGCAGGUUCUUGAACCUGAGGCUUGCCUCAGUGAGAACUUUCUCAAUGCGAACCCAGUCCUCAUGUGAAGAGUAAAAGUCAACGCUCUUCCGAAAGUCGUGGGUUUUUCCCGGGUACUCCGGUUUCCUCCCACAGGGAAAGUUGACAGGGUGGGUUAGGUAAAAGGGCCCACAGUAAUUGGCAUAUGCUGUUGUGGUGACCCUGCCCUAGUUGGCAAAGUUAAAUAAAUAAAAACUGUUCUGUAUGUUUAGGAGAUGGUCAAAAACGUUUUCUUUCGUAAAAACAAUGAUUUUCAACUGAUAAAAACAUGUUUGAAAAACUAAAAUUUUUUUUCUUUGUUUCUUGUUGUACCACUAACUUGUAUUUUUGUUUUUAGAAAUUGUCCCAGUACAUUUGAUGAGACAAUGAUGUUUACUGGCGACCCGGUUACAUCAAGAGGUCUCAAGGUAGCGUAGGAAUAUUAUAAUAUAAAGCAAAUCUGAAUACUGUGUGUGUCGAUUAAUUAUAUUGCUGUAUUUAAGUUAAUCGGACUUAAUCCGCAUUAUGGUAUUAAUCUAUAAUUUAAAUUUCUUGGUAGGAGGAAUUUCGGAAGAAAUUUCGGAACAUCACAAGAAUAAUGGACUGUGUUGGCUGUCAGAAAUGUCGAUUGUGGGGGAAAGUCCAGGUAUGAUUUAAAAUACAAAGUCAUAGGACAUACCUUUAUACAUGUUUUUUAUAGUUUAGUCACAGGUUUAGUCAUUCCCAUGUGUUUGUCUGGAGGGGUCUAGGGGCACAGUGUGAGGUCAAGGUUGGGUAAAGGGGCAAAGCCCACAGGAAAUUUUAGAGAUUUUUGGUAUCAUUUAGUUCAAAAUGUUUCAAUCACACUACUGUCAUUUAAUCCAAUGGGCAUUUAAAUUUCUGGGGAGAGGGUGCAAAAUUCUCUAGGUGGGGUGGGGAAACUGUCAGAGGGGGUGAUGAAAUAACGUUUUGCAGAUCAUAGAAAUAGAAACAUUCCUGGGGAAUCAUGCCCCAAGACAACCAAACCUCCUAGUUCAUUAAACACGAUUGUACCCCCUCCCUCGCUCAGGGCUGGCUACGCCCCUGAUUUAGACACAUAACAAUAGCAAAUAUUUUCUUGUUGUUUCAGACACAAGGUAUUGGUACUGCUCUAAAGAUCUUAUUCUCAAGCAACCAAUUUGCAGAAGACACUGUGAGUCCGUCGUUUCGACUAAAACGAAAUGAAAUCGUGGCUCUUUUUAACGCACUUGGGAGGUACUCGAGUAGUAUCCAUUAUGUACAGAUGUUUCGCUCGCUUACCAGAAGGUGAACACAAUGCUUUUGUUGAGAUCCGGUCACAGUACACAACGAUAACGAUAAAUUGUAAACACGCGAUAAUUGGGAAACAAAUUGUGUUUAAUGUCCACUGCACUACAACGAAAAUAAUAAAAUUAUUGUUUGACGAUAACGAUUUUUAAAUCGCUCACCUGAGCGAUUUGUUUUUCAGUCGGACGAUACGAUAAAUUUUUGACCAAUCAGCGCGCGUAUACAAGUUAUCGUCUCUUUAUCGUUGUGUAGUGUGACCUAGGCUUUAAGCUAAAUAAUUCGCAUUUAUACAAAUCAUUAAUAAUCCGUUACCGCAUGAUUUGUGUGUUAUGCUUUUGUUAUUUUUAUAAAUUUCUGGGAAAACAAAGGCUAAUUUACCCUUAACAUUUUGUCGACUGUAGAACACUUUUUCAAAAACUUAAAGUGGCGAAAAAUGGACAUAAAGUAGAGGCUAACCCCAUUUUUCCUACGAGUAUCCGGUAUUUUAAAACUAGCCAAAAGGAACAAAAAAGUAAAGGCUAAUAAAGGCAUCUUUUCAUCCAUUUUUAGCCAUCGAAUCGAAUUGAUUAUUCCCUUUUUUCACUCGAAAAGGGGCUAAAAAUGGUCGAAAGGUUAAGGGGUUAUAGCCUUUACUUUUAAGGCUAUAGCCUUACUUUUUUUGCCCCUUUUUCGUGAAUGAAAAAAGUGGCCAUAAAUGGACGAAGGGUUAAGGCAAUAGCCUUACGUUUUUGCCAUUUUUUGCUCCUUUUUCUAAAAGCCGUUUUCAUUACGCGGGAUUUUCUAACUAGUUCCCCCCGAGAGAUCACAAGACAAAUGAAAAAAGUGGUUAAAAAUGGACGAAAAGCUAAAGGCUAUAGCCUUAUUUUUUUGCCCCUUUUUGAAAAAUGAAAAGUGGCUAAUAAUGGACGAAAAAUUAAGGCUAAUUUACGUUAAACUUAAAGUAAAAAAUGAACAACCGUGGUCCUUAAAAUUGAAAUAUUUUAAAAUUUAUUGAGUAAAAAGUUGCGCUGCAAUGAUCCACACAUAUAGAACUAAUGAUAAAUUACUACAAGUCAUCUUGACACACAUGGCUGCCCAGUUUACAGAAAGUUUAAAACGAGAGCCACUCGUGGGAAUAAACCAAUUUGUCAAAAUAAUAGUUGCGUGAAGCGACGCUAAGAAAUAAACAGCAUGAAACAACGUAAAGUUAUAUGCUGGGUAAUACAGUGUAGUUUGGGAUUCCAUUUCUCUCACUGACAUAGGCCCGAUCGAGGUUUCCCGUUUUCGUGAAGAGUCGCAGAUACUUCGUAAAGUGUCGUAAGCAGUUCGCAUGCUUUCGCUUAUAUAAGGUGCCUUGCUACUGAAGUAUACAACUGUAAGAAAAGUGAAGACUAAAUCUAGCCCAGCCUGAAUAUUAAGGUUAGGACGCAUGUCGACUUCAGCAAUGUAGCCCGCAACCGGGUUACACUCUUCAUCCGGGUUAUGUGAUAAACCAGACCACGUGAGAUAAAGCGAGAAAAUAACGAUGACGUAGCAUUGAAGUAAACCAGCAUCGUAAAUCUUCGGAUGUACGGAGAUAAGCGAAGUCGUUACGACUAAGAUGAGAUUUAAAGUUAUAAAGACUGUGUUCGUUAAACAGCGCGAGAAUUUUGUGAAAAAGACGUAAAACAUUACAACUGCGGCUAGAGAGAGGAAAAUCAUAAAAAAUGUUAAAAAUAUUAGCAAAAUUGCCCAGCUUCGUGAAUUAGAGCUUUCGAUCUUCUCUUGAAAAUUUGUCGUGGUAGUCUUAGUCCAGUAUAUUAGUAAGAUCAGUUGUAGUAUGGUAAAUAAAAAAGUUCCAAUAAGAGCAGUGUAGAUCCAAACUCGACUGAACUCAUUUGGAAGCAGAAAACUAGCCAAUAACAGGCUACAGAAUAAACAGAUUUUCACCGGCCAAGCUUUGUAUUGCAGGUCCACGCGUGGAUUCUGCGUGUUGUCCUUGCGUGAAGUAUGAGUGUUAUCCACGCUUGGGUCUUGCGCGUUAUUAACGCAUGUGUCAUGAGUGUAAUCCACGCGUGGGUCUCGCGUGUUGUCGACGCAAACAAGGAUGACGGCAAAUAGAAGAAAAAAAGUUGCCAUGGCAAAACACACGCGAUACACGGCCAUGUAGGCUGGGUCGGUACUUAAACAAACCCCGCGAGUGCUCAUCGUUGCACAGAAAUAGGUGCUUUUACUCAGACUGUGACGUAUUUCCGGUAUAUAUAACAAACAUGAGAAUAGAACUCCCAGGAUGUAAAGUGCAGUGAAAAUAAUCCGUGAUGCAACUGGGCCGUUACACCAUCCACAUCCGUCUAUCAAAAUACGCCGACAAAGUUUCAGUUGAGAUUUUAAAAACGUUUUUCCAAGAGCCCACAAAUCAAAGGGGUUUUCAUUUGGGUACACAGCUGGAAACAGUUGACUCCAGGUGAUUAAAAUAAGAAGUAGGAGUAGAGUUAAAGAUCUCACAUGAAAUGUCGUUGAGUCGUGAAUUGUCGGCUCGCUAUAUUUUGCUGUUCUUAACGAAGUCAAUUUUGACGUGGCAAAAAAUGCAAAGAAACCAAACAUUGCCGAAAAUGCAGAAGGGCUAAAUACAGGAAUGUCCAUUUCUUUUUGUGAAUUGAAACUUUCUUCCUCGGCUGAUCCAUUUUUUCUUCUCGCUAUCAGUUGCCGCGAGAUAGUCAAGCCACCGAUAUGAUAAUAUUUUUCGUUGUAAUUUCUAAGAGCGGCGUAGGUUACCAGUAAAAAUCCGAGAAGAAUUUCGAAAUGUUUGAGAAUUUCGUCAGAUAAUUUGGUUCCACCUUGCACGUUUGUAGUUUGAUCCUCACAAAAUCCUUCAUGAUUGAGUGUUACCAAAGUUAGAAGUACGAUGUAUAAAGUACAUAAACCCGAGUGCAGAAAUCCUGUACGGUUUUCACUGAAGUAUACAGCGAGCAGAGUGAACAAAGCACACAGUAUAGACACGACUGUUACCAGAAUAGGGCUCAAACCACAGUCAUCUGUGUAGAACGCGUAUAACAUCAACGUAGACACAACUGCUAGUGCAUAUAUUAUCCAGUUUAGAAUCAACCAUACAAG